AUGGCCCAACGGAGCACUGUAUUUCCUUCUCUUGUCACCGAGGAAAGGCGAGUUCGAACGAUGCCCCGACACAGCCAGUCCCUGACCAUGGCACCCUACUCAUCCGUAAGCCUAGUGGAGCAACUGGAAGACAGGAUCCUCUGCCACGAGAAAACCACGGCCGCCCUUGUGGAGCACGCCUUCCGGAUCAAAGACGACAUCGUCAGCAGCUUGCAGAAAAUGCAGAACAAAGGGGGAGGCGACCGCUUGGCCAGGCUUUUCUUGGAGGAGCACAUCAGAAACAUCACUGCCAUAGUGAAGCAACUGAAUCGGGAUAUCGAGUUUCAGGUACUCCAGGAGCAGAUCCGUGCCCGGGACAACAUUAGCUACGGAACUAAUUCUGCCUUAAAGACCCUGGAGAUGAGGCAGCUCUCUGGCCUGGGGGAUCUCCGGGGAAGAGUGGCCAGAUGUGACGCCAGCAUAGCCAGACUCUCUGCCGAGCACAAAACGACCUAUGAGGGCCUCCAGCACUUGAACAAAGAACAGCAAGCUGCCAAACUCAUCUUGGAAACAAAAAUCAAAGACGCAGAGGGACAGAUCUCUCAGCUUUUAAACAGAGUGGACUUAUCAAUAUCAGAGCAAAGCACCAAACUGAAGAUGUCCCACAGAGAUAGUAACCACCAGCUUCAGCUUUUGGAUACUAAAUUUAAAGGUACAAUCGAGGAACUCAGUAACCAGAUUUUAUCUGCGCGGAAUUGGUUGCAACAGGAACAAGAACGGAUAGAAAAAGAACUUUUGCAGAAAAUCGAUCAGCUUUCCUUGGUUGUUAAGGAAAACAGUGGAGCCAGUGAAAGGGACAUGGAGAAAAAGCUCAGCCAGAUGUCAGCCAGACUGGACAAAAUAGAAGAGAGUCAGAAGAAGAAUAUGGAGGUACAGAGGACAAAACAAGAGGAGGAGAAGGUGCAUGGGCGGAUCAGCAAGCUUGAGUUACGGAUGACCGAAGACAUGAAGGAAAUGAAAGCCGAAGUUGACGCAGGGUUUACCGCCAUCUAUGAAAGCAUAGGAUCCCUCAGGCAAGUUCUCGAAGCCAAGAUGAAGCUGGACAAGGACCAGCUACAGAAGCAAAUCCAACAGAUGCAGAAGCCAGAAGCUCCCAUGUGA